AUGCCUCCCACGCGUAACACCCGCUCGACGCGUUCGCGAACGCCGACGCGACCUACAUUGACGCCUUCCGAUGAGGCUACUGGCUCACACGCACGGAAAGCUCAUGCACCGAGGAAGCGUGACGAAAUGAUCAUGAUGGUAGACGGCAUUAUCCAUGGAUGGCAAUACAGUCAUCUAUACACUGAACCCGAACCAGAGAUGCACCGCCGACCCGAUCCAAGUAUCAAACGGCCGGUCGACCCUCGUGCACCACCCCUCAAGCUGAAGGACCUAGAGUGUGUCCGUUCAUUAGGGAAAGGUGUUUAUGGCAGAGUCCUCCUCGUGCGCACACGCCGAAAUAUUCACCCAAUGGAUAAACCCGGAUCAAUGUACGCCAUGAAGGUCCUAAGGAAGAAGUACAUUCGAAUGGAUGAGGCCGCCAAGAAUUAUGAACGGCGGGUACUCAUGACCCUCCCAUGGUCACCGUUCGUCAGCACAAUUAUCCAGACUUUCUACGAUGAGCGAAAUCUCUACAUGCUCACCGAACUUGCCCCGUGUGGUACUCUUCGGUCCUUGAUCUCAGCUAGGGGUCCACUCCCAGUGACACACAGUCUAUUCUACCUCAGCAACAUCAUCUGUGCACUAAGCUUCCUGGAAGCGCAUGGCAUUGCUCAUCGGGAUCUCAAGCCCGAUAAUAUACUUUUGGGCGAGAGCGGUUAUCUCACCCUCGUUGAUUUUGGGUCCGCAACUGUUGAACACUCCGAAAAGGAGUGGGUAAUGAUUGGGACACCGUGUUACCAAGCACCAGAGUUGUUGAGUCCUGAGGGACAAACGGUGGGCUUCAGCAAAGCCAUAGAUUGGUGGGCAGCGGGAUGUAUUCUAUUCGAGAUGGUCACUCGGACGGUGGCAUUCCGUGGAGAGACCAACCCACAGGUGCACAAAAAGAUCCUGGCAGAUGACUACCACUAUCCUUCCAAAAUCCGAGUUGGAAAGACUCUCAAGUCGCUUAUAUCCGCACUUCUGACCCGAGAUGCAAGUAAACGCCUGGGAUACAACGGUGCUUCAGAAGUCGGUAAGCAUCCCUGGUUCAAGACUGUUAAUUGGGGCAAGAUGAAAGAUCGACAGUAUCUGGCUCCAUAUAUCCCCUCUGAGUUUAACCUACAGAAGUGGCACACCGAACCCAUGCCCCGACAGCACGAAAUUCCCGGACUCGCGGUGGUUCGACCGCCCUAUGAGUACACCAACGACAACCGAUUCCCCGACCCCAAGUUGCUGGAGUGA